AUGCCCGGCGCAACUCCUGCCACGACCUCUUUCAGCAAUGGCUCUCGUCCCACAUCUACUUCCGGACCGAUUCCUGGCUAUGUUCCUUAUGCCAAUGUCUAUAACGCACCCGCUCAGUCGCAGCGCUACCCUCGCGACUCUCCUCGUGGUUCAUCAGAUCGCUUCGAGCGCAAAGACUACCGCGUUGAUCAACGUGGCGGAAGGUAUGAACGUGCUUUGUGA